GCAGCACUGCUAGCCCGAGUAAAAACUACAUUAGAUGCAGUAGACUAGCUGGCUAGUAUUGUUGAGAGGAAAUAUGGGUGAAGUUAUGUUACAAGUUAACUGGUAUCAGACUCUUCCCCAGGUCGCAAGCCCAUAAGCAUGUCCACAGAUGACAGUAUCUCUGAGGAUGUUUCAAGCCUGAGCCACUGCCAUGCCGAUGCCAACGGGGAAGGGGGCAAGGAGAGUGAGUCCUCAGAGGGCACCUCAGCAGCCUCGGGUCUGGGGCUUGGGUUGGGGCUAGCUGGGCCGGAGGAAUGCAAAAUCACCUCCAAGACUGCAGGGGGCGCUGUGGAUGGGAGAGCUUAUGACAUGACCCCAGCAUGCAGCCUCCCCCAGAAGAUCAGGAGUCUGUGUCUCAGUACGGAGGAGGCCUUUGGGUCUGGGAAGUGUCUUCCCUUCAUCAACCCCUCCUCCCUGGAGACCCUCAGGGCCCUGGUCCAGGAGAUACAGAGUAGUGGGGAGACUGACCCGGAGAUGUGGAAGGACUGUGAGGGCCGAUGGCUGCAUCUGUUUCAGCUAGUAGAGAAACAAUACCAAGAGCAGAUCUUGGCUCAGCAAGAACAGUACCAGUGCCAAAUACAGCUGAUUCAGGAUGAGAUCAAAGCCUUAGUUCAGCUCCAGAACCGCCAGACCAGCACACAGACGCACCACGAUUACCCAUAUACCCCUACUGCUACCACCAACACACAGACACAUCACGAUUACGCAUCUACUCUGUCUACUGUCACACAGACACACCCAGACUACACCUCUUCCCCUCUUGUUACUACCAAGGACUACCCUUCACCCCCCACUUCCAAAGCCAACCACCCCUCAACCUGCACGGACCUUCCCAAUGGGAACUCGCCCCUCUCUGCUCCCCUCACCUCCCUCUUUGUCCCCCAACCCAUUUUGAGCUCCACCUCCCCUCAACCCCCACCCCCUCGGCCAGGGCCGGUCACCCCAGGAGAGAGGUGUGCUGAUGGGGCAGGGACGGUGCUAUGCAGUGGGUACGGGACCCUGUCGGCCUGGGGCACAGGGCUGGAGGGGACAGUGACUCCGGGGGGAGCAGAGGAGACAGGCCAGGUGGAAGAGGAGCCUAGCUGGUCCCUUCACUUCCAGGACGACACAGAGAUCACUCUGAUUGGCCAGGAGGGUCAACAGAGGAGCGCUUCGGCCAAUGAGGUGGCUCCUAGAGCCAAUCCUAGUCCACCACCUGAGCAGCAGAGAACCUCCAGCCAACCGCUGACGUCCUGGGCUCAAAGACACAGAUGCAGCAAACCCAAGAAGAGCAGGGCAGGGCAGGCCCAACAUCCCCAGGCCUCCCCCUCACCCCUUCAGGCCCCGUACCUGGGCCAGAGCGACCCUCAGACCUCUUCCCCCCAGGAGCAGCAGCCCGGCUCCAGGAAGAGCCCCAGAGACAGCCCCUUGGACAACACUGACCUCCAGGACCAGCAUGGGUGGGCUGCUCCCUCCACCAACUCCUUCCCUCUGAGGAGGAGUGACAGCCUCAUGUCUGAGGUCUCGGGUCUGACAUACUGGCGUCUGGAUGAGAGUGAGCUCUACUGCCCUCUACCUGACAGCUUUGACAGUGGAGCUUACCUCCUGCUGCAGGAGGCCUCUAUCAGUCUGACCUCUCCAGAGGAACAGAAGCUGUCUCUCAGAGAGAUCUACCACAACAAGCAGAGAACUGAGACCAAACGCACCGACUGGGACCUCUCUCGCACAUGCAGCCCCACAUCACCACAGGUGUUAACUCUAGAUCACACUGUUCACCUCCGUCAGUCAGACCGGACCUCCGGCUUCACCUCGCCCUCCCACUUCAGCAGCCCGUCGUACCCCACCCUGCCGCACGUCUACCCCCGCGUUGGCACCCCCUGUACCCCAGUUAGCCCAGACAGCAUGGCCGAGGGCAGUGCCAACCCCGGGGACACAGACUGCCCCUCCAAUGCCUCUAGCCUCUCUGCCACCGCACCUACCCCAGCCAGGGUAGCCUCUGCUCGGAUAAAAGUGGCCCCAUCAUCCCUUUCUACUUCCAAGCCCCUGGUGCUCCCCAGCAGCCAGCAGUGCAAGGCCUUGGCCACUCAGGCCAGCGAGGACGAGGGGAGCCACACACACACCAGCAACCUGACGAAACUGGCUGUGUCUGGGAAGCACACGCACUCCCACACACUCUCCCGGGGCAACCCUCGUAUGGAGAAAGCGGCAUCGCUGGAAGACCCUGUGGUCGUCUCUCUGUGAGUGGCCAGAGGCUGGUUAUGUUUUUAUAUAUUCAGCCACACUAAUAUUGUUUAUAUACCAGAGGAACUAGCAGGAGAAUAACCCGUGUAACUGAUGCGUACUGAGCAGUAGAAUAACCCGUGUAACUGAUGCGU